UUUCCGGCCGCGCGGUGGCAGGGGAGGGGACCACCAAGAGCAGAGCACCAGUAAUGUGGCUGCCGCGGUGUCGUCUCCAUGGCUGGAUACCAAAAGUUGACUUAUGUCUUCUUUCAAUGUCAAAGAUUUCACACUGCUAUAAGCAGGCAUAGGGGCAAAACAGCUACAGAGCAUCUCUGGCUGACAAGGCACUUGAAAGAUCCAUUUGUGAAAGCUGCAAAAGUUGAAAAUUACCGUUGCCGAAGUGCCUUCAAACUUCUGGAAAUAAAUGAGAAGCAUCAAAUUUUCCAUCCUGGGCUUCGGGUUUUAGAUUGUGGUGCUGCCCCUGGUGCAUGGAGUCAAGUAGCUGUCCAAAAAGUCAAUGCUGCAGGCACAGAUCCCAACUCUUCUGUUGGUUUUGUCCUUGGGGUGGAUCUUCUUCAUAUAUUUCCAUUGGAGGGAGCAAUUUUCCUCUGUCCUGCUGAUGUAACUGAUUCAAGGACCUUCGAUAAAAUUCAAGAGCAACUUCCUGGACAGAAAGCUGAUGUGAUUUUGAGUGACAUGGCACCCAAUGCAACUGGAAUUCGGGAACUUGAUCACCAAAAUCUCAUAAGCAUGUGCCUGUCUCUUCUGAACUUUACUUCAAGCAUAUUACUUCCAGGGGGAACAUUCCUCUGUAAAUUUUGGGAUGGAAGUCAACGACAUCUCUUACAAAAUAGGCUGGAAAAAGAAUUCCAGAAUGUCAGGACUAUAAAACCUAAAGCUAGCAGGAAAGAAUCAUCAGAGACUUAUUUUUUGGCAAAAUCAUAUCUAGGAAUCAAAAGAUCUCUGAAAGAGUAAAAAGUUACAUUUACUUUUACCAUUAGGAUUAUUGGGGUCUAUAUUAAUAAGAAGUUUGAAUCAGACCUUGAACUGUUGCUAUAUAAAUAUAAAGUAUUAUGUACUAAGCACAGAUUAGGAGAACUUUUAUUUUAUUGGAUCACAAACAAGAUUUGGAGCUGGGAGUGCUAUUAGAAAUUAUGAAGCUCAACUUCCACCUCUCAUUUUAUAGAUGCAGAAAUCGAGGCCCAUAGAGACUUCUUCAAGGUUGUAACAGAGCCAGAAUUUGAACCCAGCUUUCUCCACCUCCCUUCCUCCCAAACAUUAAUUUGUUUUCUUUAAGAGAAAGACAAAGCACCCAUAUUUCUUCAUGGCUUGUCUUUUUUGCUCUUGUCUCUUCAUGUCUUGAGUUUGUGUCUUGUCUUUUCAUGUCUUAAAUUUUUAUGAAUUUUUGUGUGGAGAAAGGUCUUUGGUAUUGAGACCAUCUAUCCUUCAGGAGGUAUAUUUUUUGUUUUAUGCUUUAAAUCUAUAUUCAUGUCAUAGCACUAAAAUGCAAUAUUAAAACAAUUUCCAAAAGAAGAAA